GUGUGUGCGAGUGUCCCGAUUCGGAGAGCGCCGAACGCCAUGGCGAGCAACAUCGUGGCCGAAUGGUUGCGCUCCCUGCAUCUCGGCCAAUACGCCGAGAGUUUUAUCGACAACGGCUACGACGACCUCGAGAUCUGUAAGCAGGUCGGCGAUCCCGACCUAGAUGCCAUCGGCGUCCUGAACCCGGUCCACAGGGCCAGACUGCUGCAAUCGGUGAGGACAUUGCGCGAAGAGGGUGCCGCUUCCGUCUACUUCACCCUAGAGGAGAGCGUGGCCGUGCACGAGGAGUGUUUGUGUGACAAUGUGAGUGCCAGAUCGUCGCGCACCUCUUCAGGACGCUCUGACAAAGAUACUGCUACCAUAGCGCGUUUGAACGCUUCACCUGGUGCUUCCUCGUCCAUCGAGGGCAACCAGGAGGUGGCCAAAUAUAUGGACGAAUAUGAGGAAGGCAAAGCCGAACUGGUCAAGAUACCCAGGAUCCAGCUCAAGAUCCUGCUGCGUGAGAAGCUGACUCAGGACGGCGUCCGACUCAGUUGUCAACCUUAUUCAACUCCGGAGGGCGACAGAGGAUACCUGGAAGGUCUCGCGUCCAGAUACGCGGACUUGUUCAGCACCCACUACGGCGACGUGCUGGGCCACUUGGAAGAUCUACGGCGGAUUGAAUGGGCUGAGAUGUCGCCCAAGGAACGUGCGGUUGUUACGCCGGGAACUCCGCCUGGAACCUACACGGUGCCCGGAAAUGGCACCGCACCGUCUUCAGGACUCACGUCGUCGCAGUCCCAACCCAUUUAUGUGCCAGGAAAAUAUUCGCCGUCGAGUUGCAUGAGCGAUAAGGAAGAAGACGAAAUAUACGGGUUCGGAUAUGGGGUUUUCGCGACACAAAUCGGACGACAGCAACAACAAAGGUUAAUGGGAUCAAUACAGCCGACAAGCCAUCAACCACUUUUGGUGCAGCACAAUUACCAGACAUGUCUUUCGCCGCGAUCAGCAUACUUUUACGAAUUCCCCCCUAACGAUCAAAAUUACACGAACACGAGCAAAAAAAGGACUACGUUCUCGAGGUUUCUUCGCGGAUUGAAGACGUCCCACAGGAAAGAGAAACACGGCACGAGUUCGCCAAGGCACGGCAGGGCGGCCGCCAGGGGAGUGCCUCAAAGGGUGGACACACCGGACAGCGUACUGCAAAGCGGACUUGGUCUGAACGAUCUGGGUCAAAAUGCGGUUCUACGAUCCAUGGUGGAUCCGAGGGACUACGAUCGAUUGCGCAACCUGCAACUGAACGGAGGAACACCUAACACUUUCGAGGAAACAAUCUACAAGUUAAAACUUCAGGAAGCUUUAAGAAAACGUGAAAAAUUCACGAAGGAUCACGAGGAGAUUUUGAGGGACAUAAAGCAGGGACUGCUGCACUUAGGAAGGGACGGAAUGGGAGCGCCGUUAUCGCAAGACGACACCUAUAUGUACGACGAAGACGCACGCAUGCUGGCACCCGGAGCUCAUGGAGCUCAUGGUCACGAACGGCCUCAUUGGUACGACGAGCCACCGUACGAAAGCGAUCCGGAGGACUUCCUCAUGGGCAGCAGUCCGGGCGGGCCUACAGCUACCAUUCAAAACGGGCGCGUUUGCUUCACCCUCAACCUCAGGCAAGAACCCAGAGGCGAGGGAGUCAUUUCACUACGAAGUGCAGGCGACAUAUCUUUGCCGAGAGAUACGCCAACGGCUACGACACCCAGAAGAGGGCUCAUUUUGCCGCCUCAAGCUGGAUAUCCACCAACUAUCAUUCCUUUGAGAUCGUCCAGAGACAGAGAAAGUGGUGACUAUGCCGGAUCGGACGUCCAAAGUGUCAGCUCUAGAUUGUCCAACUUAUCAGUAGAUACUAGUCGGUCGGAACAACAAGAUUUGGGGCCGCUCAUCUCACCGCAAUAUUAUCAUUUAGAAAGCAAGCCCAGGACAUUUCGCAAGCCCAACAACUAUUCUCGAAGCGAAGACGGACUCUCCCCGAAUCAAAGUUCCGACUAUGAAGAUCAAGAUGAUUUUAAUAGUAGUCAGCAAGUUGCAACGGUUCAUGUGUCCAGCGAUGGUCGUUGUGCCGGAGUAUCUGGAAUUGUCGGAAAAGUAAGGAACCUUAGGGAUGAUGUACAGAGAAAGAUAUCACGUUUGAAGGGAGAACCGGAACAUCAGAGAACAUCUGAACAAGCCUUUCCUUGUUCUGCUAGUUCUGUAGAAAGUUUACCAAGUGGAUCCGGAUCUAGUACCCAAGCAUUGGUUAGAGCAGGUAGUAAUCACAGCUCCAUAUCAACUGAAGACGCAGAACCAAGUCCCACAGAACACAUAAUUGGAAGAGCUAGAGCUUUAGUAGAUUGCAACCCAAGUCCCUAUGACAAAGAGGCAUUAAAGUUUAAGGCUGGUGAUAUAAUAGAUAUUACAUCAAUGAAUGCAAGUGGACAGUGGAGAGGCAUCUGCCAUGGCAAAAAAGGCACUUUCAAAUUUAUAAACGUAGAACUAUUAUCAGAAAGAACAGUAAAACAAAAAAAGGCACCAAAGUGGCACCGAAAUAUAAAAGGAAAACCAUCUUCAGUUGAAGAUUUGCUUCAAAAAAUUAAUUUGCCAGAAUACAUCAGUGUAUUUAUUCUUAAUGGCUAUGAAGAUUUGGAACUGUUCAAGGAAAUCGAACCUUCAGACUUGGAUUAUUUAGGCGUAGUUAAUUCCGAGCAUAGAGCAAAGAUUCUCACCGCUGUACAGCUGCUUCAUGACUUAGAUUCUGGAAGUGAAGGUGAUGUGGCAGGUUCGAGCAGCGAAUGCGACGACCACCAGAAAAACUUCAGUUUACAAACCGGUGGAACUUGCUCACCAUUUGGAAGAGGUCAAUUUCCGAGAGAUUCCGGUUGUUACGAUGCAGCCUUAAAGUCAUCGUGUGUUGCCCAUCAGACCUCGCCAGAAGGUGAAUCGAACAGUGAUAACAACACUGGAUUUUGUGAUAAUAAGAAUAAUUUAGACUCGAUUGUCGAACAAUGCAAUAACGAAAUCUUAGCUAGGGUACGACAAGCUCAAAAGAAUUCCCAAAACUUAAAAGAGGAACUGUCUUAUCAUCCUAAUAUACCCAACAAAGCAAUAACAACGGGAGGUCCCGAUUUGCAAAAGAAGACGAAGGAUUCAUAUGUAAGCGUUCACGGCCAAACCACCUUGGUUGAUCCAUGCCGAAAAAACUUCACAAAUCGAUCUGUUAUUCGUAAAACAGAAGAUAUAUGUGAAGCUGAUCAGAAAUUGUCCACAGUCAAGUAUGUGGUUGGAGAAAGGUCUGAGUUAGGCUUGGAGUCAAAUUCUUUAAAUAUUUUAGGUAGAAAUUGUCUUAGUGAAAAAUCUAGUGAUUCUGGAGUGAGCAGUAGUUCUCUGUCUUCUGGCAAUGUCAAAGACUCUCGUCAAACCGUCCUAUCGCAACAUAUGAUAGACAAUCCCAACAACUUUUCUAACAGUGCCAACCGCUCGUCCACAACUGCCAAUAAAGAAAAACUAUUCCAGUAAUUAAUUCUUUAUUUAAUUUAUGACUUGUGUUCUUAUUAUUUAUACUUUAUUUGUUAAUGAAUAUCGACUGUUUUAUACAAAGCAUUUUUAUAUUUAUAUUAUAAACGUGAUAACAACAAUUUUAAAAUUUAAUAUAUCUUUGUUGUAUUUAGACUGUAUAAAUAUUUAAAUAAAUAAAUGUAUAUAAUGUACAUAAUAUUUAUUGAAGAUGCAACUAGUCUCCUGUUUUGUUUUGUAUAUAAUAUGCUUUAAGUAGUAGUUGCAAUAUUUUCUUUAAUUACCUAUUGACUGGCAUUAUGUGUAUCUCCUCAUACACAUAUCACUUAUUGUACAUGUUAUAAUUCAUAGAAAGUGUUACAUGUAAGUCAAUAAAUUAGUUAAUUUAUUAAAUAAAUCAAAUAAAUC